GCCGCCACGCCCCGGCUGGAGGCACUGGCAGCGCGCCCGUCGCCGCCGCCGGCCCCGCAGGGUCUCCGGCAGGCACCGCGGCGGGCACGGUGGCCGCCGAGAGCGCGUCGGCCGCCCGCUGCACCGGGGCGCCGACGCCGGCCUCGGCAGAGUGGCUAGCUCACGGCAUCGAGGAGUUGGCGCAGCUGCAGGCGCUGAUCGUCGAGCACAAGGCGCUCCUCAGGAGCCGCGGUCACAGCCUGAGCCAGCAAAAGAAGGACCUGGACCCCCAGCUCGCCCAGUGGAUGACCCGCGCGAACGGCCUGCACCACCGCAUCAAGGACGCGGAGCUUCUGGCUAGUGGCGCCGCCAUCGGGGGCGAGAAGUUCUUGGCCCAGGACCACCGAUCCUCGCCGGACGCCGAGCGCCGCGGCGGUGGUGCCACCGGGCCUGGCCACACGCAGGUGCUCCGGGAUCCCGGCAUGGAGGUACGCAGCGGCGCCUUGAUAUCGCUUCCGGAGGUCAGCUUCCUCUCCCAGCGUCAGCUGGAGGACGACAUGCUCCAUACCACCAUGCACAACGCUGCGUUCCGCUGGUUCGCGGGGAGGUCCAUCUCGGGGGUUGUCCGAGCUGGAGGGCCCCAGCAGCUUCGAGCUGCCGCCGCCGUACGAGGCGCUGAAUCCGCUGAUCGGCGCGAUGGUGGCGCUUGCGGAGCGCUCCCUGUGGCCGGGGGAGCAGUUGGCGCUGAUCCAGCUGAUUGUGAACCUCUACGCCAGCGGCGAGAACGAGGUCAAGCAGCACCGCUGCCGCCAGAUCUGCGCCUCCCUGGGCGCCGCGCGACCCGUCUUCGUGGAGGGCCGGAAGCUGCGCAUGCGCUCAGGGGACACCCUCGCGCUCUCAGGCGAGAUGCACAGCGUCCCCAAGGC